AUGGCAAGCAGCGGCGACCGCAGUGACGGAAGCGACACGGAGUCAAAACGUCAAAUGGCGCACAAUAAAACGACAACUAUAAUCGACAAUAUUGUAGUGCGCAAGAGGUUACAGAACAAGGCGUACAAGCAACAGUCUAUUGGACAUUCACGGAAAGAGGUUUUAAUUUCCCCGGAAGAAACGACAUUAGGGAAACCUGAAAUGCAUGAAAACAAUAUUACUGGUAUAUCUAAGAAUUGCAGUCCGAUAAUAAAGUACAUAUUUGUUAAAACAACGAAGACAGCUGGUAGUGCAGUUACUACUUUAUUUUUUAGAUAUGCAGUGACACAUAAUUUAAUUGCUGUUGCCAAUCUUGAAACGCAUGAAUUACAUGUAAGUGAUGGGAAAGUAAACGCCAGCAGGUAUUCAUGCGCCAAGCAUUUUCCGGGUUAUGACGUCAUAGCCAACCAUAUAUCAUGGUAUGAUUAUAAAGCAUUGAACAGUGAAAUACCAAACGCGAAAUUUAUAACUGUACUUCGCUCUCCAUAUACACAAUAUGAGUCAGCUUUUUAUUAUUAUAAGAUUCAUCUCAAUCUUAAAUUGGAGAGAUUUAACAACCCAUUUAAAGAAUUUUUGGACCAGGGAUACCAUAAGACAAAUAACUCACGCAUGAGACACCAAAAACGGAACGGUCAGCUUGUACGACUUGGUUACCCAAGACUAGGGGAUCAUAACAACCAAACUAAAAUUGAGCUGAAGAUCAGUGAACUCGACAAAGAAUUGGAUUUAGUAAUGCUCACAGAGUAUCUGGAUGAAUCAUGUGUACUUUUGAAAAAAAUGAUGUGUUGGGAAACUGAUGACGUCAUAUUCGGUACUUGCUAUCGACUUCCCAGACCACGGAUACCAAUUACAAGUAAGAUGGAGAACAUCAUCGCUGAAUGGAAUGCCGGGGAUCUGAAGUUGUAUCAACACUUCAACAAAACACUCUGGACUAAAAUAGAAAAUUACGAUGGCGAUUUCGAAGGCGACUUGCAGCAAUUGCGUGAAAGAAAAAAUGAACUCUCAUCUUUAUGUGUUGACAAGGUAUCUGAGUUAGGGUGUGAAGCAAUUAACAGAUGUUAUGCAGCUUGGAAAACCAUAUUAUCCAAAAGACAGGAAGAAAGAUUUUGUGGAACAUCAACUCAUUGA